AGAGGAGCUGACAAGAAGGAUGAGCCUGGAAUCUAUGGUAGAAACCUUAAGAGAGGAAGCACAGGAAGCAGAAGCUCUCCAGGAGGAGUUAAAUGAAAAGAUUGAGAGACUGAAAGCAGAACUUGUGGUCUUUAAGGGUCUGAUGAGUGAUCCCAUGACAGACCUGGACACAAAGAUCCAAGAAAAGGCCAUGAAGGUGGACAUGGACAUCUGCCGUCGAAUCGAUAUCACGGCCAAGCUGUGCGAUGUAGCACAGCAGCGCAACUCGGAAGACGUUUCCAAGAUAUUCCAGGUGGCUUCCAAGAAGAAGGAACGUAAGCUCACGUCCGACGAUGACCUCUCGGAGCAGGAUGGGGACAACAGCAGGUUCUCUGAUGAUGAAGUCAGCUGUUCCCUCAACAUCACAGAUGAAAUGAAGAGGAUGUUUAAUCAGCUCCGUGAGACCUUUGAUUUUGAUGAUGACUGUGAUAGUUUAACAUGGGAGGAGAAUGAGGAAACUCUGCUGCUUUGGGAAGACUUCACCAAUUGCAACCCUUCAAUUGACCUCCAAGGAGAGCAGGAAGAAAACCUGGGAAACUUGAUCCACGAGACAGAGUCUUUCUUUAAAACGAGAGACAAGGAAUACCAAGAAACAAUAGGGCAGAUAGAGCUGGAAUUAGCCACAGCCAAGAGUGACAUGAAUCGCCACCUUCAUGAAUAUAUGGAAAUGUGCAGUAUGAAGAGGGGCCUGGAUGUACAAAUGGAAACCUGUCGGAGGCUUAUCAAAGGCUCAGCUGACAGAAACUCUCCCUCUCCCAGCUCUGUAGCCAGCAGCGACUCAGGAAACACAGAUGAAAUUCAGGAUGAGUUGGACAGAGAGACCGAUGUGGAGCCCAUGGUCAGCUGA